AAAACUACUAGAAUGGGAAGGAAUAAUGGUGAACGGAAGGGGAGAAGUCUUUCAUUCAAGAAUGGAAAGGAAGCAGAAUAAGUUCGAGAAGAUGUUGGCAUAGCCACGAGGAGCUGUUGGGGGUGAGAGUCUGAGAGAGGAAUGACCGGUUCGCUGUGAGUUAGGGUUCCCGUAAAGUCUAAGCAUCUGGUUAGACUUUGAUAGGAAUUGGGUGACCAGGGCUAGCAUUUGAAGCUGAUUGAAGAAGUGGGUUUCGGUUGAAGUUAAAUCGAGUCGCUUGGGAAUUGAUAUUGAUAAUAAUGUCUUGGUUCAGAGCUGCUUCUAGUGUGGCAAGAUUAGCUGUUAGGAGGAAUUUAGUUCAGACAGGGUCUUAUGCGACGAGGGUAAGGGCGCUGCUUCCAUCACAGAAUCGAUACUUUCACUCCACCGUCUUUAAACCCAAGGCACAAGCUGCGCCUGUUCCUCGUCCCGUGCCCCUCUCGAGGUUAACAGACAGCUUCCUUGAUGGCACGAGCAGUGUCUAUUUAGAAGAGCUACAGAGGGCCUGGGAAGCUGACCCCGAUAGCGUGGAUGAAUCAUGGGACAAUUUCUUCAGAAAUUUCGUCGGGCAGGCCGCCACAUCGCCUGGAAUAUCUGGCCAGACGAUCCAAGAGAGCAUGCGCUUGUUGUUACUCGUCAGAGCAUACCAGGUUAAUGGCCACAUGAAAGCCAAGUUGGAUCCUUUGGGCCUGGAGGAACGUGAGAUCCCUGAUGAUUUGGACCCGGCUCUCUAUGGGUUCACAGAAGCUGAUCUUGAUAGGGAAUUCUUCCUUGGAGUGUGGAGGAUGUCGGGCUUCCUGUCUGAGAACCGUCCAGUGCAAACCCUUCGUGCCAUACUAACGCGCCUUGAACAAGCCUAUUGUGGAAGUAUUGGCUAUGAGUAUAUGCACAUUGCUGAUCGUGAGAAGUGUAAUUGGUUGAGGGACAAGAUCGAGACACCAACCCCUAGGCAAUACUACCAGCAGCGUCGAGAAGUAAUUCUUGAUAGGCUCAUAUGGAGCACUCAGUUCGAGAACUUCUUGGCCACAAAAUGGACAGCUGCAAAGAGGUUUGGCCUUGAAGGUGGAGAAACUUUGAUUCCUGGUAUGAAAGAGAUGUUUGACCGAGCAUCUGAUCUUGGGGUUGAGAGCAUUGUUAUUGGCAUGUCACAUAGAGGAAGGCUGAAUGUACUGGGUAAUGUGGUCCGAAAGCCACUUGCUCAAAUCUUCAGUGAAUUCAGUGGUGGUACAAAGCCUGUUGAUGAAGUUGGUCUUUACACGGGAACUGGUGAUGUUAAGUAUCAUUUGGGUACUUCUUAUGAUCGGCCAACAAGGGGUGGGAAGAGAAUUCAUCUGUCUUUGGUUGCUAACCCUAGUCAUUUGGAAGCUGUUGAUCCAGUUGUAAUUGGAAAAACCCGAGCAAAGCAAUAUUAUUCUAACGAUAAUGAAAGGACAAAGAAUAUGGCAGUAUUGAUUCAUGGGGAUGGAAGCUUUGCUGGACAGGGUGUUGUUUAUGAGACUCUGCAUCUCAGUGCUCUCCCCAACUACACAACUGGUGGGACCAUCCACAUUGUGGUGAACAACCAGGUGGCUUUCACAACUGAUCCAAGAUCUGGUAGAUCUUCACAGUAUUGUACUGAUGUUGCAAAAGCCUUGAAUGCCCCUAUAUUCCAUGUAAAUGGUGAUGACAUGGAGGCAGUGGUUCAUGUCUGUGAGCUUGCAGCUGAGUGGCGCCAGACAUUCCACUCUGAUGUAGUGGUUGAUAUAGUGUGUUACCGGAGAUUUGGCCACAAUGAGAUUGACGAGCCAUCUUUCACGCAACCUAAAAUGUAUCAAAUCAUUCGCAACCAUCCAUCUGCUUUAGAGAUUUACCAGAAGAAACUCCUUGAGUCUGGGCAAGUCACACAAGAAGACAUUGACAAUAUACACAAUAAGGUUAUCUCCAUUCUUAAUGAAGAGUUUUUGAGCAGCAAAGACUAUGUCCCAAAAAGAAGGGACUGGCUUUCAGCUUACUGGUCUGGGUUUAAAUCACCCGAGCAGCUUUCACGUGUACGGAACACUGGGGUUAAACCUGAAAUACUGAAGAAUGUUGGAAAAGCAAUCACCACCAUGCCAGAAAAUUUCAAGCCUCACAGAGCAGUAAAGAAGAUUUUUGAGCAGCGUGCUCAAAUGAUUGAAACAGGGGAAGGCAUUGACUGGGCUGUUGGGGAAGCACUUGCUUUUGCUACAUUGCUAGUUGAAGGUAAUCAUGUUAGGCUGAGUGGUCAGGAUGUUGAAAGAGGUACAUUUAGUCAUCGACAUUCAGUAAUUCAUGAUCAGGAAACUGGGGAGAAGUACUGUCCCUUGGACCAUGUUAUCAUGAAUCAAAAUGAAGAGAUGUUUACUGUGAGCAACAGCUCUCUUUCAGAGUUUGGUGUUCUUGGGUUUGAGUUAGGUUAUUCAAUGGAAAACCCAAAUUCCUUGGUAAUCUGGGAAGCUCAGUUCGGUGAUUUUGCAAAUGGUGCUCAGGUGAUAUUUGAUCAAUUCUUGAGUAGUGGGGAAUCAAAGUGGCUACGCCAAAUUGGGCUCGUUGUGCUGCUUCCUCAUGGGUAUGAUGGUCAGGGUCCUGAACAUUCUAGUGCACGACUGGAGCGAUUCCUUCAGAUGAGCGAUGAUAAUCCCCACGUUAUACCUGAGAUGGAUCCAACACUUAGGAAGCAGAUCCAAGAAUGCAAUUGGCAGGUUGUGAACGUUACAACCCCAGCUAACUAUUUCCAUGUUCUGCGGCGCCAGAUACACAGAGAAUUCAGAAAACCACUCAUUGUAAUGGCUCCUAAGAACCUGCUACGCCACAAGGAUUGCAAAUCAAAUUUAUCUGAGUUUGAUGAUGUCCAAGGCCACCCAGGUUUUGACAAACAAGGGACUCGUUUCAAGCGUCUUAUAAAGGAUCAGAAUGACCACUCCAAUCUUGAAGAGGGCAUCAGGCGACUAGUUCUCUGCUCUGGAAAAGUUUAUUAUGAGCUUGACGAAGAGCGGAAGAAAAUUAAUGGCAGUGACAUUGCAAUCUGCAGGAUAGAACAGCUUUGCCCCUUCCCUUAUGAUCUGAUCCAACGAGAGCUAAGGAGAUAUCCAAAUGCAGAGAUUGUGUGGUGUCAGGAAGAGCCAAUGAAUAUGGGUGCAUAUAAUUACAUUGCACCCCGGCUCUGUACUGCCAUGAAAGCUCUGGGCAGGGGUACCAUCGAGGACAUCAAAUAUGUUGGGCGUGCUCCAUCUACGGCCACAGCCACUGGUUUCUAUCAAGUUCAUUUGAAAGAACAGACUGAACUUGUACAAAAAGCAAUGCAGCCUGAACCAAUCAAGUACGCAUAUUGAAGAAAACAUCCAGAGGUUACUGGAAGUCAACAGUGGAAGAAAAUAAUAAUUCAUGAAAAAACAUGAUAUUGUGGAAAGGCAUGUAUAUUUAUUUCCCAAUAUAAAGCCCAUGUCUCUGGGCAUUUGGGACUCCAAAGUUCAAUAGUCAUACUACUGUCGCCCACUUCUUUUUUCACACCAUUUUCUGGGCACCAAUAUUGUGAUGCCAAUUGUUGGAUUAUGAGGCUACAGUACUCUGCCUAAGCUCAAGUGCAUAUUGAAUUUUAAAUUUGUCUCGGAGCAAUAGAAAGUGAAAAUACAAUAAAUCGAAUUAAU